AUGCAGCCAUCGAGGAUACUCAGGGCCGCCCACGGCCCGAAGCCCAAUGUCACCGGCUUCGACAUGAGAGCCUUCAAGGAGGCCGCCGGACAGCCCAGAUACGACCCUUGGGAGAGAGCAGAGUCGUGGAGAUACAAGGGCCCCUUCACGAGGUUCAACCGAUUCAAGGGAUCCUUCCCCGGCCUGGGCAUUGCGACCGUCGCUUUCGCCGGCUACUGCGCGUACGAGUACUUCUUCCUGGCCGACGACCACCACCACGGCGACAGCCACGGCAACGACCACCACUAG